GAAGGGAAGAGGGAAAGAGAGAGAAGGGAGAGAGAGCGUGAUUCCAGGUCUCUCUCUGCUGCUCUCUCCACUUUGGGUACUCGUACCCAGUCUGACUCAAUGGGGCUUUAGCACUAAGGGGUUAAACGUUAAAAUAAAAGAUAUUUAUUCACCCCAAACCCCCUUUAGUGUUUAGGUUUUGUGCAUUAAGAUAGACAUACAUAGGUCACUCAUUAAGGAAAGUCUCCGGGAGAGAGGCAGAGACGUCUCCAGAGGCGUGCCUUUUUGUCUGUUGCCUCGCAGAAGGGUCAGUCGGGUCCCUCUCGUCGGCUGGCUUUCUGUGAGCGGAUAACUUCCACCAUAUCCUACAUUUACAGCUCAACCAGGCCGGCAAACUACUGCAACACUAUGGAUACCGGAGAUUGUCCCUUCCGUAAGAAACGGAGACCAUGGCGCAUGGACUUCGCAUCCUUUGCCUUGGUAAUCGUGGCGCUCGCCGUGUGCCAAACGACCGUGGUUCGGGCAGACCCAGUGGAUGUGUUGCGUGCUCUGCAGGUCCCCUCUCUCCCCGAGGGCGUGAAGAAAGUCCCCGGCUUCUGCACAUCCCGUCGCUCAGGCACCCCCGACCAUGCUUACCGCAUCACCAAGAAGGCCCAGAUCUCUGCCCCAACAAAGCAGCUCUUCUCAGGUCCAUUCCCAGAGAAUUUUUCCAUCAUGGCUCUGGUUAAGGCCCAAGCUGGCCUCCAGGCCUUCCUCCUCUCCAUCUACAGCGAGCAGGGCAUCCAGCAGCUGGGCAUUGAAAUGGGACGCUCACCUGUUUUCCUGUAUGAGGACCAGAACGGCAAGCCAGCCCCUGAGGACUACCCACUGUUCAGAGGCGUCAAUCUGGCUGAUGGCAAGUGGCAUCGCAUCGCUAUCUCCGUUUCAAAGAAAAAUGUGACACUGCUGCUGGACUGCAAGAAGAAGAUGACCCGUGCCCUGCCCCGCGGCAACAACGCGGAGGUAGACACCAAUGGCAUCACAGUCUUCGGAGCCCGUCUGCUUGAUGAGGAGGUUUUCCAGGGAGACAUCCAGCAACUGCUGAUCGCCUCCAACCCCCAGGCUGCCUAUGACUUCUGUGAACACUACAGCCCUGACUGUGACUCCCCACUGCCCAAGACCCAGGCUCAGGACCCCAACACAUACUACUUUGAUGAGGAGCAGGAUGACCAUGAAUACCCCUAUUAUUAUGAGGAAACAACAGGCAUUCCCUCCUCCUCUGCGUCCCCCUCUCCUCAACCUGGGGCCCCCAGUCAACAGGAUGUAGAUACUGAAUAUUCCGAGGCUGGCCACACCGCUACAGAGACUGAUUAUUACUAUGAGGAGACGGUGCCAGAGGGUGAGGUGAUUGGACAAGAAGAGGUCCCUGUACAGCCCCAGGUGGAGACAACGUUGGUGGGAGAGGAGGUAGAUACCACCAAGGCAGGCGGUGUGGGCGAGGAGGCCUUUACUGAGGAGUAUGUGGACGUGGGCCUUAAGGAAUACGACUAUUCCUACAAGGACUACAAUGAGCCAAUGAUGGAGACUGGAGAGGUCGAAGCCAACAUGGGCCCCGCCCUGUCCGCUGUGACAGACGAGGGAGGCGCCGCCGUCAGAGGCCAGAAAGGAGACAAAGGAGAACCUGCUGUCUUGGAGCCUGGUAUGCUGAUUGAAGGACCUCCAGGACCUGAGGGACCUGCUGGUCCUACAGGCCCCCCCGGCUCCUCUGGACCUCCUGGCUCUGUUGGCGACCCUGGCGAGAGGGGCCUUCCUGGUAAGGCUGGUCUACCUGGAGCUGACGGAGUCCCUGGACCUCCUGGAACCUCAGUCAUGCUGCCUUUCCGUUUUGGUCAGAGUGGAGGAGAUAAGGGUCCUGUUGUUUCUGCACAGGAAGCCCAGGCCGCAGCCAUCUUGUCCCAGGCCAGGAUGGCCCUGAAAGGACCUCCUGGACCAAUGGGAUUCACUGGACGCCCUGGACCACUGGGAAAUCCAGGAAGUAAUGGUCUGAAGGGAGAGAGUGGAGACCCUGGCCCUCAGGGCCCCAGGGGAUCCCAGGGUAUAAUGGGACCUCCAGGCAAAGCAGGAAGACGAGGCCGUGCCGGAGCUGACGGCGCCAGGGGAAUGCCAGGAGAGUCUGGAUCUAAGGGUGACCGUGGUUUUGAUGGCCUUCCUGGUUUGCCCGGUGACAAAGGACACAGGGGUGACUCAGGACCAAUGGGACCCCCAGGUUCUCAAGGAGAGGACGGAGAGAGGGGAGACGACGGAGACAUUGGACCCAGGGGUCUCCCAGGUGAACCAGGACCUCGUGGUUUGCUCGGACCCAAAGGUCCUCCUGGAAUCUCUGGACCUCCUGGUGUACGAGGAAAUGACGGGCCCCACGGUCCCAAGGGAAACCUGGGUCCCCAAGGAGAGCCAGGACCUCCAGGUCAGCAGGGAACCCCAGGAACUCAGGGAAUGGCAGGACCUCAGGGAGCCCUCGGACCCCCAGGAGAGAAAGGUCCCACAGGAAAACCAGGCCUGCCAGGAAUGCCUGGAGCUGACGGCCCUCCUGGUCACCCAGGGAAGGAGGGGCCUUCUGGCACCAAAGGAAACCAGGGUCCCAACGGUCCCCAGGGAUCUAUCGGCUAUCCCGGCCCUCGUGGCAUCAAGGGAAGUCAAGGAAUCCGCGGACUGAAGGGCCACAAGGGAGAGAAGGGAGAAGAUGGUUUCCCUGGAAUUAAGGGAGAUUUUGGUGUCAAGGGAGAGAGGGGUGAGCUUGGAGUAUCAGGGCCCAGAGGAGAGGAUGGUCCAGAGGGGCCAAAGGGUCGCGUCGGACCCCCCGGUGAGCUCGGACCAAUUGGACUAGUUGGAGAGAAGGGUAAACUUGGUGUACCUGGACUUCCUGGAUAUCCUGGAAGACAAGGACCCAAGGGAUCUCUUGGAUUCCCAGGAUUCCCCGGCUCAAACGGCGAGAAGGGAACAAGGGGUCUUGGUGGCAAAUCAGGGCCUAGAGGACAAAGAGGACCAACGGGCCCCAGAGGGCAGAGAGGACCGAGGGGCGCGACUGGGAAAUCAGGAGCAAAGGGAACUUCUGGAAGCGAUGGCCCUCCCGGUCCUCCUGGAGAGAGGGGAUUGCCCGGACCUCAGGGAGCCAACGGUUUCCCCGGACCAAAGGGACCUCCCGGACCACCAGGAAAGGAUGGGCUGCCUGGACACCCUGGGCAGAGAGGAGAAGUUGGUUUCCAAGGUAAAAUGGGUCCACCUGGGCCUCCUGGAGUCGUUGGACCUCAGGGUCCAUCAGGAGAGACCGGCCCCAUGGGCGAGCGCGGCCACCCUGGACCCCCAGGUCCACCUGGAGAGCAGGGACUUUCUGGUCCCUCAGGGAAGGAGGGCACCAAGGGAGACCCUGGACCCCCCGGAGGCCCCGGUAAAGACGGACCCCCAGGACUGAGAGGUUUCCCUGGAGAGAGAGGACUGCCUGGAACCCCUGGAGGAGGAGGACUCAAGGGAAGUGAAGGACCUGCCGGACCUCCUGGACCUGCUGGGUCUCCUGGUGAGAGGGGCCAAGCUGGUACUGCUGGACCUGUUGGACCUCCUGGUAGACCCGGCCCUCAGGGGCCUCCUGGACCCUCUGGAGAGAAGGGAGUUCCUGGUGAGAAAGGCCCUAUCGGCCCGGCCGGUCGUGAUGGAGUGCAGGGUGCCGUCGGUCUGCCGGGUCCUGCCGGAUCACCUGGAGUACCCGGAGAGGAUGGAGACAAGGGUGAGGUUGGAGAGCACGGUCAGAAGGGCGCCAAGGGAGGAAAAGGAGAGCAUGGUCCUCCUGGUCCACCCGGGCCAAUGGGUCCUGUCGGUCAGCCUGGUCCUGCUGGUGCUGAUGGAGAGCUUGGACCGAGGGGCCAGCAGGGGCCUUUUGGAGCUAAAGGUGACGAAGGAACCAGAGGAUUCCCAGGAGCCCCGGGACCAAUCGGACUGCAGGGAUUGCCAGGACCCCCGGGUGAGAAGGGAGAGACAGGAGAUGUUGGACCUCUGGGUCCCCCAGGCCCUCCAGGACCCCGGGGCCCCGCUGGACCCAACGGUGCUGACGGUCCUCAAGGUCCUCCUGGUGGUUUGGGUAAUCCUGGACCUCUUGGAGAGAAGGGAGAGCCUGGUGAGGGUGGACCACCUGGAAUCGUAGGGGAGCCCGGAAAGAAGGGCCCUCGUGGAGAGCGCGGAGAGAAGGGAGAGGCCGGACAGCCUGGAACAGCUGGACCUGCUGGAGGACGGGGACGACCGGGAGAUGACGGACCCAAAGGAAACCCUGGUCCUGUUGGUUUCCCUGGUGAUCCUGGUCCCCCUGGUGAGCUUGGACCCCGAGGUCAAGAUGGCGCCAAGGGAGAGAGAGGAGAAGAUGGCGAAGCAGGCGAAUCUGGCUCACCUGGACCUCCUGGGGAGAAUGGACCUCCCGGCCCACUGGGAAAGAGGGGCCCUGCUGGAACCAGAGGACCAGAGGGACGUCAGGGAGAGAAGGGAACUAAGGGAGACUCAGGUGCUGUCGGCCCCCCAGGAAAAACCGGCCCCGUCGGCCCCCAGGGUCAACCAGGAAAACCCGGAACAGAAGGUCUCAGAGGACUCCCUGGAUCAGUGGGUGAGCAAGGAUCUCCAGGACUUGCUGGACAGAAAGGACCACCUGGACCUCUUGGACCUCCCGGUUUGCCUGGUCUGCGUGGAGACCCCGGUGCCAAAGGAGAGAAGGGACACCCAGGUCUUAUCGGUCUCAUUGGACCCCCUGGAGAGCAGGGAGAGAAGGGAGACAGAGGUCUGCCUGGGCCUCAGGGAACCUCUGGAUCAAAAGGAGAGACUGGAAUGGCUGGAGGUACCGGACCCAUCGGCCCUGCUGGUCCUCCUGGUCUGCCUGGUCCUCAAGGUGUCAAAGGAGCUAAGGGCUCUUCUGGAGGAUCUGGUCCAAAGGGAGAAAAGGGUGUGCAAGGACCUCCUGGACCUCCUGGCCCACCAGGCGAGGUCAUUCAGCCCCUGCCCAUCCAGAGGAGUCCCAAGUCCAAACGUUCCAUCGACGCCAGCCAGCUGCUCCCCGAGACCGACUCCGACAUGCCUGCAUCUGACGCCGCGGGCACUGAGUUCCUGAUCGGCACUGAAGGCAUGGAGGAGAUCUUUGGCUCUCUCAACUCACUGCGACAGGAGAUCGAGACCAUGCGUUUCCCUCUGGGUACCCAGGACAGCCCUGCCCGCACCUGCCAAGACCUGCACCUCAGCCAGCCAGAGCUCAAAGACGGAGAAUACUGGAUCGACCCCAACCAGGGCUGCUCCAGAGACUCCUUCAAGGUCUUCUGUAAUUUCACCAGCGGAGCAGAGACGUGCCUGUACCCCAGCCAGAGCAUCAACACGGUGAAGAUGAGCUCCUGGGACAAUGAGACUCCAGGAUCCUGGUACAGUGAGUUUGCCACUGGUAGUAAGUUCUCCUACGUGGACGCUGCCGGUGAGCCUGUGGGCGUAGUCCAGCUGGGCUUCCUUCGUCUCCUGAGCGUCCAGGCCCGCCAGAACCUCACCUACCACUGCCACCGCUCUGUGGCCUGGGCCGACCGAAGCGCCAACAACUACGACAGGGCGCUGCACCUCCAGGGCGCCAACGACGACAAGCUGAGCUACGAGACCAACCCUUACAUCAAAGCUUUGGUCGAUGGCUGCUCUUAUCGUAAGGGCUUUGACAGGACAGUCCUGGAGAUCAACACACCUCAGGUGGAGCAUCUUCCUCUGCUGGAUAUCAAGGUGUCAGACUUUGGGGAGAGCAACCAGCAGUUUGGCUUUGAAGUGGGACCUGUCUGUUUCCAAGGCUAAAAAAACCACACACACACACACACACACACACACGCAUCAUGCAAAGAACAACACGUGCAAAUACUCACGCACAUACACACAUGCACUUAGAGACACACUUUUAUAUAAUAAACAUACAUGCCCAGUAAUUUGUAAAUUAACUUGUAAAUGAUAUGAAACACACACACACAAGCCCACAGACACACACACUAACACACGCAGAUGCUGUUGUGAGACAACCACACACUCACACUCAAGUACGUGCCUGGGGAAAGCAACAUCCUCCCAACAAUUAAUGGACGUCAAAAAAAAAAGUGAAGAGAAAUAAAAAAUACUCGCGGAGAGGAGACCAUCGUUUGGGUGCACGACCGCGAGAAAGGAAGGAAAAACCAGGAGAAGGUGUUCUUCGGAACAAAACGGUGUUUUCUUUACCAGCAGCGAAAGGGACCGCCCUGACAAAGAGGGCAAGCCGGUAACCUGAGGCCUGAAGCCCCCCCCGUCUCCGAUCCCCCUCUCACUCUUCUCUCCUCCCCGCUGUCUCUUGUUUCCACUCAUCUCACCUGCUCUACCUCCCCCCUCCUCCUCCCACAAAUGGGUCACACUUGGACAUUAUUUCCAUUUCUUUAAUCCCACGUUCAAACUGCGAGCAACGUGGUCGUGACAGUCACUUUUUCAUGAUCAACAAGAGGUGCAAAUGGCUCCUAUGUAGCUGUCUGCAUCUAUGACGUUUCGGACGGUUAAAUGGUGUGUUUUGUUUCACUGCUUUGGCAUUUAAUCCUUUAGUCAUUCAGAUAAAAAGUAAUUCAUAAUUGAAAGUUUGAAAUCAACUUUUUAUCCGUUUUGCACUUGCCAGAAGUUAUUUUACUUCUGAACCAAAACUAAAUGAAAACAAUAGACACCAAACUGUCCGGUAAAAUGACGGCCAGUGGUCAGAAAUGUUCAGCUGUUGCCAACAUAAAGCUUUGGGCCAUCUCUGUAAAAGGGCUAACUCAUCUGGUCGUCUAGUUUUGUAAGAAAUAUGCGAAAGUCAAGUGACUUGUCAAUCAUGUUGCUCACAUUGAAAACACAGAGUAACUCUCAGCUUGUAUCUUAUUACAUCAAAGAAUACAACUAAAGAAUUAAAGCCACCAGUUUCCACCCAGAAUAAAAUGAGGGUUGUCUUGUUUAAGCUGCCAAGUGAAUUUUCUAUUAUUUGUAAUAUUCUCUUCAUAGCCACCUUGCAGUUUUAUUAAAAAAGUCUAAAAAUGAUGAUUAAGAAUCCAGUGUAAUGCAGGAUUUAGUUUUUUAUUUUUUUCAACUGGACAAUCUUUUCUCAGCCCUGAGAGCAGCAGAAUCUCUUGGAAUUUGUUAGCAUUGAACAAAACCUGCUGCAUGCAGAGGCAGGAUAGAAGAUCCUAGAUCAGUGAAUUUAAAAGCCAUUAUUUUUGUAAACUGUGCUGAACUUGAUGCUAUUGUACUUGCAUGUUACUGGUGCCUUUUUAAAAGGGCUGAUUCCUCCUCUUUAGAUCAUGGAUCAGGCUACCAGGGUCGCUACCACACACCAGUCCAGUAUUUGCUGAGUCACUUUUGGGUACUUUGAUUAUUGUUUUCCAUCCAGAAUGCAUUUUCUGAUUUCGCCUCCAAGCGCAGAACAUCAUCAGGGUUUAAAUAUGUAUAUGAGAUUCAAAGUUCCCUCCUUUUUUUCAUACAGCAGUGAAUAAAAUGUAUGCUUUACUGAAAGAAACUGUGUGGCAAGGUGCUAAUUAUACCAAAGCAUAAAAGUUUUAGUAUUCACUUUGAGUCCUUUAUUUUUCUUUAGUCUCUUCAUGAAGCUUUAACUGGGGGAAAAUGUGCAUUACAUUCCAUUUGUACAGAAAUAGUGAUAUUCUAUUGUAUUUAUUUAAAACAAACAGGGUGCUUUGAGAUUAAAGAAAUACACAGACCACCAAAUAUUCCAGUCAAAUGUGGUAUAUUUCAUUUGUAUUUAUUUCCUGUAGCUGACACUUGAAGGUAAAGUGAAGCGAGUGACUCACAUGUUAAACUCACUGCUAGCCUGAGUUAUGGUGCUUCUGUCCACGCCCUUUCCAAACUCCUUUUGUAGAACCAAAGAAUCUGUGGCCAUAUUUUAUUGUAAUAUCCCUUUUUAGUGUUUUCAACAACUGUACUGUGCUGUUAAAUUUUGCUUCCUCUGUAAUGAUUAAAUGGUGACUCUCCAGUUCUGUCACUUUUCCUUGUUGUUGCUACUGUUUCUACUUGGCGUAUUUUAGUUUCAACAUCAGGUUAUUGCUUUGCUAGGCUUUGAAAUGAAUCCCAGAUUUACAGUUUACGGAGUCAGCCCCUGCAUUGAUAUACAUUGAGGUGCUAAAAAUGUUGACACACAAUCCUCUUAUUUUUUCAAAUUUCUGAGAUUACAGCGGGUAGGAGAAAGGUUAUGAGAGGGAGGAGAAGAUUAUUGUUUGUAAGUAUAACGUGGCUAUGGGUUCUGGUUUUUUUAUUUUUUUCUCACUACAGCAGGGAAAUGGGGUGGGAUGGCCAAAACCUAAAAAUUUCAAAAUAAAUCUGACUUUGAGAUUCUCCAGAGAGAAUGACCUCAACUAUUUGCUUUUAUUGUGUUGAAGACAAAUGUUUCAACAAAAAAUAUGGUGCUGUAAAGAGAAAAAAGUAUUAUUUUAUAAUGUGUGUAAGUAAUUUUUCAAAAUUCUUGUUUCUGUAAUAUAUAAUCUUUUAAAAAGA